AGCGAAAGUGUUCGUUGUUUACAGUAAACAUUCGCCCUUCAUAUCAGAAGCAUCUUAACAUGCCGAGCAAGCCUAUAUUUGGAUUCUACGGCGGUUGGGCCACCUAUCGCAGCGGAAAGGGCAGAUGCACCGUGGACGACCUGAACCCGCACCUGUGCACCCAUCUUAUCUACGCGUUUGUGGCGCUGGAUCACAACGGAUCGAUCGUGCAGAAGGAUGAUACCGAGCGGAAUGCGAUGCACCGCUUUAACUGCUUGCGCAACAGCAAUCCGAGCCUGAAGACCCUUGUGUCGGUUGGUGGUGCCGUCGGUUGUGGAUCUGCGUUCGCUAGUGUGGCGGCCAGCUCGAGUCUACGCGCGAGCUUUGCGCGGAAUGUGCGUGGGUUCUGCGAGUCGUACGGCUUCAACGGGGUGGACAUUGACUGGGAAUUUCCCGAGAGCAGCUCCGACCAGAGCAACUUUGUACAGCUGCUGUCUGCAUUGUCGUCUGAGCUGCACAGCAAUGGUCUGCUCUUGACUACGUCGGUCGGUGUUAACCGGCCGUACGACAUGUCCGGUAUUGCCCGCCACGUUGACUACAUUCUGCUGAUGAGCUACGAUUACAACGGCUCGUGGGACAGCUACACUGGCCACAAUGCUCCGCUUUCCUGGGGUAGUGUAGAAACCGACUACCAGCGACGGCUGAACGUUGAGGCUAGCGUUAGCGAUUGGAUUGGGCGUGGUGGCGUACCGAAGUCGAAGCUGAUCGUCGGCUUAGCUGCGUACGGACGUACGUUCACGCUGAGCUCCUCGGGCAACUAUAAGCCACGGGCGUCCGCCACGGGUGCUGGACGCUCUGGCCCGUACACACAGCAGCAGGGCACACUUGCCUACUACGAGGUGAGGGAUGCGUUUGGUGAAGGGCGCAUUUGGGAUGAUCAGCAGCACGUGCCGUAUGCGGUUAGCGGCGAUCAGUGGGUUAGCUACGAUGAUCCGCAAAGUAUUCGCAUGAAAUGUGAGUUCAUUCGAAGGGAAGGUCUCGGUGGAGCAAUGAUCUGGUCGAUCGACCAGGAUGAGUUCCAGGGAGGAAGAUUCACGCUGCUGCGUACGGUUGCUGAAUGUUUGUAAACGUUUCUGGAAUGUUGAAAUGUUAAAUAAACACUAU